UCGGGAGGAGAUGGGCGGUCCGCCCGAUUUGGGACUGGGGGCGACUUGGAAAGUGUUUUUAUCCCUUCCUUGCGAACCCUAGAGAGAUCGUGAGGUCCCUUCCCCCAUCCUUUCUGUACGUCUUCGUUUCCUCGAUCCUCUAAGUUCUGUUGUUGUUCUUCCGUUGGGAGGCUCCAGAAAGAUCAUCAGGGCUCGAAGAGGAGGAAGGGCUUGUUGCCAUCUCGUUGCAGAAUCGAAGGAUUCGAAGGAGACCGUCUCUCCGCACGGUCACACUCACAUGCCUACACCUCGAGAGGUAUUGCUUGUCUGAUUAUGAAUUGGUCAGCUCCAAAAUCUGUGGAAAUUUGGUACGAGUUCUACAUUCUGCAGUUCAAUUAAUUGCCGGUUGGAAAAGUGCUAACUUGGUCUGUUACUUGAUUGGAGAUGGCAGGUGCAUAAGUUUUAAAAGAUGGGGUCGGAUGACUUUAUCGAUCUUGAUGCAAACAACCACGAAGGUAAGGACUCGGAUCCGCACAGGGUGGACUUCAGGCUACGCGAAACUGAUUGUUUGGCCAGUAAACCUCAAAUGAAGGAAGAUGUUCCUUGUAGCACCAAUAUAGAGACUUUAGAGGGAAACAGUGGAGAGAAAGACGGCCAGCAUGUGCAGGAUAUGGACCUUGAAGAUGAUUUGGUACCUUUUACCUCAACAAAGGGUGAUUUGGUACGGAAUGAACCCAUACGAGAGAGUACUAGGUUGGCUGCAACUGCAGUAACAGUGGAGAAGCUGAAUGAAGUCGAGCCUGAUGAGGAGAAUUCAUGUGCAGUUCCUUUAAAUGACAUCAAGUCCAACAACCUUUUGAUUGAUGAAAGUUCAUUAACAGGAGUGAAAAGAGCUCGAAUGACAUAUGUUGAUAAGCAGCCAUCUGUACAUGUAAUUUACAGAUCAUUGACAAGAGAAAGCAAAAGAAAACUUAUGGAGCUACUGCAGCACUGGUCUGAGUGGGAAGCUCAACGCCAAUCUUCUUCAAGUGUGUCCCCAGAGGAGGCCUUGGAAUAUGGUGCAGAGACAUACUUUCCAGCACUCCAUGUUGGUUCUCAGAUAUCUACGACUGUGUCAUUUUGGCUGGACAACCAGGCAAGGAAGGCAGAUGUUAAGGAGAUGGACGGUGACUUGGUUCCUCUUUACAACCGUGAAUAUACACUGGGUUCAACUUCAGUUGAUGGGUCAAAUAAUUGUAAAGGGACUGACACUCUAGAAGCGUCCCGUUGUUUCAAUUGUGGUUCAUAUAGUCACUCGUUGAAGGAGUGCCCAAAGCCUCGAGAUAAUGCUGCAAUCAGCAAUGCUCGCAAGCAGCACAACUCCAAACGAAAUCCAGCUGCUGGUACUCGUGGACAAUCUCGUUACUAUCAGAAAGCUCCAGGGAAGUUUGAUGAUUUGAGAGCAGGAGUCCUUGGGCCUGAAACAAGGGAAUGCUUGGGUAUUGGGGAAUAUGAUCCACCCCCUUGGUUACACAGAAUGCGUGAAAUGGGAUAUCCACCAGGAUACCUGGAUGUCAUAGAAGAUGAAGACCAGCCCUCUGGAAUCACGAUAUAUGCUGAUGAGAAGAUACAGGAAGACUAUGAGGAUGGAGAACUUCCAGAGAGGGGUGAGCCAGAACCACCAGAGAGAAAGAUGACUGUGGAGUUCCCGGGAAUAAAUGCACCCAUCCCCGAGAAUGCUGAUUACAGGCGUUGGGCCACUCCACCCACUGGUUAUUCAGGCUCUAUGUCAUUCAAGAGUCGCUCACACACUCGAUCAAGUCGGUUGUCAGAAUCCCAUAGGGGGCACUAUCAUGAUCAGAGGUGGUCCACUGACCAGCGAGAUGAUGGACCACCUGGCUCAAAACAUGGGCUCCCUUCCUCCAUGGCUGGUUACUCACCGAGGUAUAGUCCUUAUGACCAAAAUCCAAUACCGAGAAGCCCAAGCCAGGGGAGGUCCAUCUCGGAGAGCGGGUGGUGGAGCCCCUUGCCAUUUGAAAGCUCACCCGCACAAAGUCCCCAUAGCCAACACGCAUACUCAGCUCAGCAAUCGCCUCAGUAUCAUAGCUCAAGACUCGAGCACCGGAAGCAAGAGAGCACAUUCGGAAUGAGCCCAGACAUGUCACAAGGGAGAGACAGGCAUGACCGCCGACGUCACCACAGGCGAUGAAGUGACAUUAAUUAUGACAUUUGUAUUUUGACCAGCAGCAGAUUGAUUUGGAUUCCAAUGACACAGGACGAUGCAGGAAAUGUGUAUCAUAUCUAUUUCCCCAUUGAUUUGCAAGUUGAACCAUGCAGGGAUCUCUCCUGAGAAAAAGCUGAACUAAACAUGUUUACAAGUGGGCAUAACCCACGUUCUGGUGGAUCUUUUGUAUGGAGUGGUUUAUACCAUAUGCAGGGGGUUUCACUUCUGACAUCCGUUGGUAGCUUUAGCAUCUUUCUGCUCAAGCUUUUAUGAUCGUGGAGAUGUACAGUGACAAAUUAUUAGUUGCUCUGAAUAACCGUGGUUGUAUUUUUCUACCUAUUUUUUCCGCUUUCAGAAUAAAUAUUGUUUGUGCAGUUCGCAAGAUUC